AUGCACACUGGUGUCGUUGUGCUGUGCUUCGUUACAGUGGCCUUAGCAGCUCCUACCGAAAGGGACAAGGAAACCGAUUUGCCUGUAUCCGUAUCAAGGCCGAUAAGAAAGGAUGCCGCAGGAGAGUCGGAUUCGAUUGAGCAAAAUGCGAUCGAGGAUGUGAAAAAGGAAUUGAAUAGAGCGGUGCAAGGACUCAACAACACGGUUGUCGAAAACAACGAGAAGGUUUCAAACGCUAUUUCUGAUAUCACAGGGAAUCUCGACGUUUGCACAUCGCUGGACUGCAACAAUCGUGGUACUUGCCUUGGUACAAAGAAAAACUAUAUUUGUGCAUGUCUACUGGGAUUCUCUGGGAAGAAUUGUGAAGAUACGGUGUGUGACUCUGCUCGCGAUUGCAACGGACGAGGAAUCUGCCUUGGGACAACCACCUCGCUCACUUGCCUUUGCAACCUCGGCUAUGCUGGACAUCGUUGCGAGAAAGAAGAGUUUACCAAGAUCAUCUUCAUGAAUAAAUCAAGGAUGCUGGAUAAGGCCCAUCCUCAAGAACUAGGUGGAUUCUGUCAGGGGAAAGCCUGCGACAGCGUGAAAACGAAUGCAACAUUGUCACCGCUGGUCGAUCAAGCUUUUCCACCGGCCGCUAACCAUGCCUAUUGGCAAGGGGUACGACAAGGCGAUACUAUAUUACCGAAGCUGUUCACAGCUACAUUGCAAUGGAUAAGGAAAUCACUUUCUUGGAAGGAAGAGGGCAUACGUGUUGAUGGAAGACUUCCUCUCCAAUCUUCGUUUUGCGGACGACAUCGCUCCCUUUUGGAGUUCUUUUCCAAUGAAGCAGAAACGAUGAUCAACGAAUUGAAAGAAGCAAGGAAGAGAAUAGGACUACGAAUAAACAGAAGGAAGACACAGUUCAUGAAGAACGCCCAUUGCAAGGACGGAGGAGUACAUCCUGAAAGCUCCCAAAUCGUGGAAACUUCGUCAUACGCAUACCGAGGACGUUCUACGAAUAUGGAAAACGUCUUGAAAGAAGAAUUGAAUAGAAGGAUGGGAGCAGCGUGGGCAAGAUUCGCACCUAUCAGGGAAGCUGACCAACUGACGGACCAAGAUCUUCGUGCCCAUCUGUUCGACUCGACAGUUCUUCCAGCGUUUCGUCACGCAGCGGAGACGUAG